CUCUCUCUCUCUGUCUCCUUCUCUCACGGAAAAAGAGGAGCCUUCUCUCUCUGCGUGCAGGUGGAGCGCUUUUUUCCAGCGGUGAAAAUGGCUGCUCAGGAGGUGCAGCCCAGUGAGACCAUAGCCAAGCUGAAGAGCGAGUCUGAGGCUCUGAAGACCAAGCUGGAGGAGGAGAGAGCCAAGCUGCAUGAUGUGGAGCUUCACCAAGUGGCAGAGAAGGUGGAGCCGCUGGGGCAGUUUGUCAUGAAGACCCGGAGAACCCUGAAGGGCCAUGGCAAUAAAGUGCUCUGUAUGGACUGGUGUAAGGACAAGAGGAGGAUUGUCAGCUCCUCACAGGAUGGAAAAGUGAUCGUAUGGGACGCAUUUACAACCAACAAGGAACAUGCUGUGACCAUGCCAUGUACGUGGGUGAUGGCCUGUGCCUAUGCACCAUCUGGGUGUGCAGUGGCCUGUGGUGGUCUUGACAACAAGUGUUCAGUGUACCCGUUAUCUUUGGACAAGAAUGAAAACCUGGCAGCUAAGAAGAAGUCAGUGGCCAUGCACACCAAUUACCUGUCCGCCUGCAGUUUCACCAAUUCUGACAUGCAGAUUCUGACUUCAAGUGGUGAUGGAACCUGUGCGCUGUGGGAUGUGGAGAGCGGGCAGCUGCUGCAGAGUUUCCACGGUCAUGCUGCUGAUGUACUCUGCCUAGACCUCGCCCCCUCUGAAACUGGCAACACCUUCGUUUCUGGGGGCUGUGAUAAGAAGGCGAAUGUAUGGGAUAUGCGCUCAGGGCAGUGCAUCCAGUCAUUCGAAACACAUGAGUCAGAUAUUAACAGCGUGCGAUACUAUCCUAGUGGGGAUGCUUUUGCUUCUGGCUCUGAUGAUGCUACUUGUCGUCUGUAUGAUCUGAGGGCAGAUAGAGAGGUGGCUAUCUAUUCCAAGGAAAGCAUCAUAUUCGGAGCUUCCAGUGUAGACUUCUCUAUCAGUGGCCGGCUACUCUUUGGUGGCUACAAUGACUACACAAUCAACGUGUGGGACGUUCUAAAGGGAACACGCGUGUCCAUUUUAUUUGGACAUGAGAACCGAGUCAGUACACUCCGUGUUUCUCCGGACGGGACAGCAUUCUGCUCAGGGUCUUGGGACCACACUUUACGGGUUUGGGCCUGAGUGUUUGUGGAGUCAGUGGGAAUGUGAUGCCUACUAGGUGCUGUCUGGCUUCACUAGAUCAACAACAUCAAGGUUCACUAGAACAACUAGAAACUCAACAUGAGGGAUUCGUGAGAAAUGCACAAUAGAGUAGAACAGGGUUGAGAGCGACAGUAGUUUAUACUCAAACAGAUCAGAGCACAAGACUUUUUUAUUACAAACUCAGAACCAGGUUUAACAGAACUCAGAAACACUGUCUAUAUGUCUCAAAUGUAUACAGCCUACUCUACUCUCCUGGUUCAAUUCUACCAAUAUUUCUGUAAUGAAAUUUCUGGCUUUCGCCUUAUAGAAACCUGUAAUCACCCAUAGCAUCUGUCUUUUUUAAGCCAUCCAGCUGAAUGACCUCAUAUUCUGUUAAUAUACAUAAUAAUUUAAUAAACAUAUCUAAACUUAAACUCUGUUUAAUUCACUUUUAACCCUUCUGUUAUGGUCCAGUUCAAACUAGUCUUUUGGCAAAAAAAAAAAAAUCAUUGUGAAGCAUGAAACCUUUGCUGCUGGGCUUAAUUAUUAAAAUAAAUGUAAUACAAAUGGAAAAUGGCUGAUUUAAUGUGUUUAUAUAGGUUUAUGUUACACCGAUACUGUUCUUGUCAUUUUGACCCAGCAAUGAUACUUAAGGCUUUAAAGGAUAAAAACGAAAAAUGUGGAUGACCUCUCAGGCCAAAUUCUAUUUAUUUAUUUAUUCGUUUAUUUAUCAAAAGUAAAGCCUGAUCUGGAUUGUUAAACAUGAUUAAACACAGAUCAGUUUGAUCUGGGAACGUUACUUCUGUUUCUUACAGUUGAACAUAACAGGAGGGUUAAUAGUGGUUUUAGGAAGCUGGUGUAGUAAGUUAAAGUAAUUAACUGUUUCAGAGAGUAGAAGACUAGCAUACCAGCCAGUUGAAACUCAGAGAGACUUUUGUGCUGAUCGCUACUCUAAUAUGCAGACAAUCCAUACUCAGCUGAAAUGAUACCUUAUCAUGUGCUCUUUGACAUAUAUUGAUCUGGUUGUCAUUAAGUGAUACUUGCACUAUAGGAACAGUUACUACUGUAGCAGAGUGUAUAUAUCAUAAUACCUGUCCACAAUAAUAAUAGUAAACAAAAAUAAAUAUAUCAAUAAAUAAAUGGGUUUUACAAAUUGAAA